GGUGUGCACACUUCUGACAGACUGGUUCAUGUACGUACAGCCCGACUAACCGGAUUUCAGUUUUAACAUUAUAUGUAAAGACAUUAAGGUGGCAUUACGCGCGGUGGCACCGUUGCAAUGAGGAUAGUUAAACUUGUCAUAGCGCUGCUCCUCUUGACGGAUGUCCUCUGCCAGGAGAAGGACUGGGACAACUGGAGAGGACACAUAGAGGAGAGCAAAUGGCCAAGUUCUGAAAUAAUUCAAGAUACUCUGAGGAGAAUGGUCAGAAAACCAAGACCACGGCAGUAUCUCGGUCUCAUGGGGAAGAAAGCUGCAAAAGCGCAGAUGACACAUAAACGACACAGAUUUCAAACCUUUGUGGGACUAAUGGGCAAAAGGAGCUUUGAGGAACAAGGUUCUUCAGCAGCAUUUCAGGCCGGAAGACAUCAAAGAUCUCAUUUGUUUUCCUAACUUGACCAGUAUGACAACAGCUGACGAACAAACCCAACCAUUUUCACCACAUGGUCAUUAAAAAACUGUCUCUAUAUAAACAUAAAUGGCUAUAGAAAAGGGUAAAUUGACAUUCCUGCCAAUGUUCAGAGUGCGUUUGUCCACGUAGCGCCAUCUAGUGGUAAUAAGGUAAAAUGCACCAUUACAU